GGUACCCCCAUUCCUGACAACUUCCUCCAAAAUGCGUCGCGGUCGCACUUCUGGAAAUGGGCAAGGCAGCUCGGCACACAGCAGCCGUAUCAAUAGAAUUAUUGAGAACCUAGAAUACUUUGCGAGUCUGCGUGAGAGCAGUCAAGCCGUCGGCGCCCAGGUGACGGCUUUCUCGCAAGCGCGAGCUGGCGCCUUGACGCCAGCCGACUGGAAAGCCGCGGACGGCUCGCAUGGCCGCCUGAUUGUGUCUCUAGUCGGCGCGCACGGCUGGGCUAUUCGGGCGCUGGAGCUGGACUAUGAGCGCGAGGACGCCCUGGAUGUGUUCACUGGCACGCAGCACUGGGCAGUCAUCCUCGUCAACCUGAUGCCGGCUGAGGAGCGCAAGCUGCUGGCGCUAGCUUUCAUCAGGGCAGACACUCUCAGCCUACAUGCACGGCUACUGGCGCGUGUGGCUCGCGGGAGCGCAGAUGGUGACGGCAGCAACGGCGGUGGCGGCAGCGGCGGCGGCAGCAGCGGCAGCGGCGACAGCGGCGGCUCAGGCACAGGCCGCGGCGCCACAAGCGCAGCUAUGACCGCGGCGCAGCGAGCCGCUGCGAUGAUACGUGUUCAGCUUUUGGUUUUGAAUGCCGCGUCGUCUAUGCUGCGUAUGCUGCUGUUGUGCCGCGACGCCUUCAUCGAGCUGCGCGCUGCCCUUCUCCGCACCCAGCUCUUCGAGCACAUAUCGGCAGCGCUGCUGAGUGCCGCAGCUGCGACCGUGACGGGGGCAUUGACCAACAUGGACGCCAACUGGGGAUCACUGCUCAUGUGCGCUUCCAUCGUGGGGUCGUGCAUUAACUUCCUGAUUCAGGGGAUGGCAGAAGAGGAGGAUUACAAGAAGCAGGAGACUCCGCAGUGGCAGCCGGACACCGUGGGUGGCGGGGCGCCUGCCCCGCGACAGCCGCCUAUGCAGGUUAUUGAGCUGGAUGUGGUGCGGCAGCUGUUGGGCGGCCGCUGCCUGCAGGCGUGUGCGGUCUGGAUGACGCGGGUGGUGGAGGCGACCUUGCGGGAGGGAAGCGCCGCAAGCAGCGCAGCAGCACCCGGACAAGCCGGCGUGCAGGAUCCGGCAGCGCAGGCUUUGGGCUCGGGGCACGGCGCGGCGGGGUCAGGUGCUGCGGCGGCGGCGGGGGCGGCGGCGGCGGCGACGACGGCUGCGCCUGCUGCUGGCGGCAGCCGGGCGCCGCAGCGGUGGCGGCCAGAGGCAGCGGGGGAUGCCGUCGCGGUCUGUCGGGCGCUGGUCAGGCCGGCUGUGCCGCUCACUCUCGUCACGCAGAACACACACCCAUACAUCGCUCCCGCUGCCGUAGCUCUGGCGAUCAGCGCGCGGGACUGCCCCUUGCGUCUCGCGCUCACACCUCAACUGCGGUGGGAUGCCAAAGCGGCGGGCGCCGACACGGGUGCUGGUGUAGGCGCAGGCGGUGUAUGUGCCCAGGAGCAGCAGCAGCAGCAGCAAGGGCCCUGCACACCUGACGCAACAGCAGGGACGGCGCCAGCAUCCCCCGCAGGAGCAGGAGCGGCGGCCGUCGCAGCUUCCGCACGGCUGCAGGCACCAUCGCGAUCCGCGGGGCCCGAGGCUGCAGCGGUGGAACGCACACGUGCCGUGAACACGUAUGACGUGUUGUAUGGCGCUGUGGACGCCAUGCACGCUGGUAGAAACACAAACGUGGAUCUGCAGGACCGCAACACAAUCGACAGCAUGCGGAUGCUGGUAUCGUUGUUGGUGCGGUUGCUGUGCAAGCUGCGGCCGCGGCAGGCGGCGGCGCGGCUGGCGGGCCUGUGGCGGGUGCUGCUGUGCGAUCUGGGGCCCACAAGGUCCUGGAACACCGCUGCAGAUGUGGGGCUGCUACUGCGGUUGCAGCUGGAGGAGUUUCCGCGCGAGAGCACCACGGCUGUAUCACCAGCAUCAGCGUCCCCAGCAGCAUACGCAGCACCGGCUACCGUGGCGGUAGCGCCACAUCCGGCGGAGCGCGCGUUGACUCCCAGCUUCAGCCUGCGGUGCGCGUUGGCGGCAGGGCUGCUGCCGCGCCUAGAGGCGUUGCUGCGGAAUCCGCAGGCGUGGCAGGAGGCUUACGCACCGGGCGGCAGCUCUGACCGGGUGCUGCGGCUGUUGCUUGUGGACUCUGGCGUGUGGCCGCUGGUGCUCGCGCAUGCUCCGGCGGCGCAGGUGGCAUCGCUGGUCGCCACCCUGACAGCGGCGGUGCGGCGGCUGCGCCACGGCCACCUCUCACAGGCGGCCGCGGCCGAGGGCCGCAGUAGCGGCGGCACCAGUGUCGGCAGUAGCAGCCGCGGCGAUGACACAACCGGCAGUAGCACCAAUCGGGAUGGCGGGGCCAGCAGCUCAGCUGCAUCGGCGCCGGGCACACAUGCCGCCGGCGCAGAUAUUAAUGGGCCCGACAUGGAGGCUUGGCGGCUGGGCUUUGGAUGUUUGGCCAGGCGCCUUACUAACUUGCUGAGGCAGUCCGUGCACGCGCGGAUGCAAGUCUUCAAGGUAGAUGGAGGGGCGCUGGAGACACCAGGAUCGCAGGCGCUGGCGCAGGGGCAGCUGGAGCAAGCGCAGGAACCGAAGACAGCAGCCGUGGGGGCUGCGGGCGGCCCAUGCCUGCGGCCCAGUGCCUACGCGCCGGCUGCGGAGCAGCUGCGGCUGUUGAUGAGCCUGUGCUUGUGGCAGUGGCUGCCGCAGUUCCUGUUCCUGGCGCGGAGCUAUCUGCUUGACAGGGAGGAUGGGUGGCAGAGCAUGCAAGCUAUGGCGGCGCACCAGCUCUCGGUUGCCGUCCUACACGCACUGCGGGCGCAGCAGCGUGCAGCUGGUGCUGCCGGCGGUGCGGACGGCGCAGACAGCAGCAACACUAGCCUCGGUUGCCAUGCCAGCCCCAUUCUCAGCAGCGGCAGCAGCGGCUGCUGCGUCAUUCCAGCUGCCCAGGCGGCGGAUUCGUGGCGGGCCUUCCUUCGCAGCCAGGAGCUUGACGCUGAGGGUUUCCUCGCGGCGCUGCUGCGGCAUAUUGGCAACCCAAGUCGCUGCAAUGAUGAAUACUGGUCGGCGCGUUUGCUAGUUGCCAUAGGGGCCUGGGACCCAGACAUGCUGGUCCGUGCAGUUAUAGCGGCUGCAGCAGCAGAGGAGGGCUGUGGCAACAUUGGCGGCAGCGGCAGUAGCAGCAUCAGUGCCGCAGCCAUCGUGUCGGGUGCCCGGGUGUUCGUGGAGCGUUGCCAACGGCGGAACCGCGUUUGGUCUGGGUGGCCACUGCCGGAGCUCUUCGACUUCGUGGCCGCGGCCGUUGAGCAGCCGUCGCCUGCGCCAGGUGCCAGCGGAGUGGGAACCGAAAGGCCUGCAGCCGAAAGGCCGCUCCCGAACCGCUGGAGGGAGCUGCAGGCGGUGUUUGUGGCGAGCUUUGCAUCUGUCACCACGGUGGUGAACCUGAUGUCCCCAGCUGAGGUGCAGGCCCGCCUGCGCCGCCUGCCAGUCCCGGUCGCGACGGCAGUAACAGGCAACACCACGUCCGGCAGUAGCACCACUGGAGCUGCAGCUACAGCGGCGGCUACAGCUGAGGCGGGCAGCGAGCGGGGCGUGGUCCUGUGCGGCAGUCCUGCCUGCGCCAACACGGAUGGGCCCAGCGCGCUCUUCCCAGCCAGCGGCGGCAAGACGUGCGCUCGGUGCAAGGCGGUGUGGUACUGCUGCGGCGCGUGCCAGCUGGCGCACUGGCAGCAGCAGGGCGGGCACCGGGAGGCAUGCAGCAAGGCACAGGGGCAGGCGCAGGCGCAGGGGCAGGGGCAGGGGCGGGCGCAGGCGCAGGGGCACGCGCAGGGGCGGUAGACCCCAGGUGUAGGGAGGUGUGGUGUGCAAGGGCUCAGCCCGCAUGCGUAGAUGUGGGUGGCGGCCAAGCGGGUGGGCUGCGGCCAAGCGGUUAGAUGUGGGGGGCGGCCAAGCGGUUAGGCUGCCCACAGGAUACGAUGUUCAGCAGCCUAGCUGCCGUUGGCCCAUGCUGUGUUGGUGUGGGCGGGUGCACGUGUGUGUGCGCAUGGCAUGAAGCUGCAAAUGAUCUCACGGCAUAUACGGUAUGUGUAUGUGGGCCGUGUCGGGCUGCUGAGUCGGAGGAUGGUACUCUGUGAGUGUGUGGGCAUGCAUGACUUCGCUUGGUGUGCAGUCGGCCAGGGGAAAGAAUCACAUGGUGGUGUAGUGGCGUGGCUUGGCCAACGGGUAUGUUGGGAAUGGAUUCAAGGCAACAAGGACCCACAGUAUCCCUGGCUGACAUGUACCCAGGAGACUUGACAGAAGUCUGGAAGGACAAUGCGGGUGUAGACGUGUGCGGUGUAGCGGUGUAGCGGUGUGUGCUCGAGGAAGUGCGAGAGGUUUGGAGACCUCUGGCUGCAGCAAGGGCGGCCGGCGUCUCCAUGCCUGGCAGACCCCAAGUUAGACGUGUGUCGCAUCCGUGUGUUUCUCGUGGGUACAGUGAAAACUCGGUGUCCUCGUGCGUACUGGCAUUGCAAGGGUAAGGUCGGGUUAGGCGUGACGGGCCAAGGGCCCUCGCUGAGGCGUGUGCCACCAAGGAUGUCGGGUUGCCAUGCAGUGUUCGUGAAGUGCUGCGUGUGGUCUGCGGCUUGCGGCAAGCAGUACUGUAUGCUGACAUCAAGGAAGUACGCAGCGUGCGUGGGCAUUUGGGCUGGCGCCGCCUUACGCGGUGUGGCUGCAAGUACAUGCCAUGAGACGAUGAGAUGGAACUGGUCUGCCAGGGAUUGCCGUACAUCCGGAUGUCAGGUGCGUCAGUAAUGCGGCCCUGACAGCCAGCGCGCGGCCGAGGAUGCACGGCACUAUGUAGCACAGUCCUGGCUACCUUAUUUUUCUGAAUCCAACAAUCCCCUCCGCAGUCCGCACUCCGGACUCCGGGGCUUCUUGGGCGCCUGCGCCCAUGUUCGCGCGUGGCAGCAAAAAUAAUUGGGCAAGGCACAGGGCAGCGUGCAGGCAAUGGCGAGGGCUGGGUCGGGGGACCGGGCCUGCAUGGUUAACUGCAUUCCGAAGCAGUGGGUACAGCAGAGCGAGGCGACUGGGGUUCACGCCUACUUUAGACGUAACGGGCUAGCUGGACGCCGUUUGGUACUUAGGCACUUGAGGGCAACGGGAGAUUCUGGGCGAAUCCCGCCUAAACCC